AUGUAUUUAUUGAAAAAACACUUUUUACAUCGUCAAAUCGAAAAUAUCGGUUUAGAAUAUCGACGUUUUCAAAGACGAUAUCGUCGUACCUUGAUUCUUCGAGACAAACUUAUCCCUUGUUUAUUUUUAUUUGUUAAUGAUCCGCUUAAUAUUACUCGUCUUGCAUGGUCUUAUAAAAAGAAUAAUAAAUGGUGGACGGAAAUCGUACCUAAUAUGACAAGUAAACAAUUUAAGAAUAAUUUUCGUGUUGAACGUUCCACCUUCCUCAAAAUAGUACAACUUAUAGGACUAUACGUCGAAAAAAAGAAUACAAUUCUUCGUGAAGCUAUACCAGUACAGAAGCGUAUUGCUUGUGCAUUGUAUACAUUAGGCUCCACCAGUGAAUUACACACAAUAGCAAAUUUAUUUGGCAUUGGUAAAACAACAGCUGCAUUAAUUUUACAUGAGUUUUGCCAUACUUUAGUAAAUUCAUUAUUCCAUAGUUUCAUUAAUUUUCCAAGUACGAAUGAAGAAAUACAAGAAACUAUGGACGAUUUUCUGCAAAAAUAUGGAUGUCCAAUGUGUGCAGGUUCACUGGACGGCACUCAUGUGAGUGUUGAACCACUUUUAGGAGCUGAAGUUGACUAUUAUAAUUAUAAGAAGUAUCACUCGAUUAUCAUGUUAGCUACUGUUAAUAGUUCAUUAAAAUUUACUUAUAUAAACAUCGGUGCACCAGGAAGGUGCAACGAUUCUUCCGUUUAUGGUAGAUCAAGUUUAGCACGAAUUAUUGAAAAUCAGAUUUAUGCAAAUCAUUAUAUGAUAAUCAACAACAUUCGUAUUCAAUCGCACUUGAUUGCAGACUCGGCUUUCGCUCUACACGCAACUUUAUUAAAACCAUAUUCUCAGAGGCCAAACAUGCCUCAUGCUCAUUCAGUAAUUAAUUAUCGAUUAAGCCGAUGGAGAAGUACAGUGGAGCGGGCCUUUGGCUUAUUAAAAACCCGCUUCCGUUGUCUACACAAAAAGAUCGAAUUUGACUUAAGUCAUACAAUUACAAUCGUUCAAGCUGCAACAAUUCUGCAUAAUAUUUGCAUUACUGAUAAUGAUGGUGCAGAUAUGGGUUGGAAUAUUUCUGAACCGGUCCAUAAGAAAUCAGCAUGCUGCAUUAACACUGCAGGUGGAACUGAAAUAAGAGAAGCACUAACUUCUUUUUUUUUUAAAUCCUUUGUAAUUUGUUUUUGUUAA